AUGUCUAACUCUCUUGACCAGCUGAAGGCCACCGGCACUGUCGUUGUUUGCGACUCUGGUGACUUUGCAACCAUCGGAAAGUACAAGCCGCAAGAUGCCACCACCAACCCUUCCCUCAUCCUCGCCGCGUCCAAGAAGGCCGAAUACGCCAAAUUGAUCGACGCUGCUGUAGAAUACGGCAAGGGAAAGAGUAGUGACAUCGACAGCCAAGUCGACAACGCUCUUGACCGACUAUUGGUCGAGUUCGGCAAGGAAAUCCUCAAGAUCAUCCCCGGCAAGGUCUCGACCGAGGUUGACGCCCGCUUCUCCUUUGAUACCAAGGCUUCGGUUGAGAAGGCUCUACACCUUAUCGAACUAUACAAGGAGCAAGGUAUCUCCAAGGACCGCGUUCUGAUCAAGAUUGCGUCGACAUGGGAGGGUAUCAAGGCCGCCGAGAUCCUACAGCGCGACCACGGCGUCAACUGCAACCUGACCCUCAUGUUCUCGCUCGUCCAGGCCAUUGCCGCCGCUGAGGCUGGCGCUUUCCUCAUCUCUCCCUUCGUCGGCCGUAUCCUUGACUGGUACAAGGCCGUGACGAAGAAGGAGUACACCAAGGAGGAGGACCCCGGUGUCAAGUCCGUCCAGUCUAUCUUCAACUACUACAAGAAGUUCGGCUACAAGACCAUCGUCAUGGGGGCUUCUUUCCGAAACACCGGUGAGAUCAUUGAGUUGGCUGGCUGUGACUACCUAACCAUCUCUCCUAACCUGCUCGAGGAGCUCUUGAACUCAACUGCCCCCGUCCCCAAGAAGCUCGACCCCUCCUCCGCCACCACACUCGACAUCCCCAAGAGGUCGUACAUCAACGACGAGUCGCUCUACCGCUUCGACUUCAACGAGGAGCAGAUGGCCGUCGAGAAGCUGCGCGAGGGCAUCAGCAAAUUCGCUGCCGACGCCGUGACCCUCAAGGACAUCAUCAAGAAGAAGAUCCAGGCGUAA